CUUUACUUAUUGUUUAGAAAAUUCCACUCUUCUUUAUCUCGAGAUUGAAAUUAAAAUAAAUAUUUUUAAAUAUGUUGAUACGCCGCUAAACCUCUCGUUAACCUGCAAGGCAUGGAAUAACAUUGCAAAAGAUCCCUACGCCAAAGCCGA